UUUCACUGUGCGGAAGUGCGCGUAUUUGUUGCUAAUCAGGAUUUCUACAACCUGAUUUUAUUUGUGUCUUUAUCGUUUGUUGACUGAUAAUUUCUUUUACGUUUGUUAAAAAGGGUUGGACUGUUUGCAGCAGUUGCAAUGAGUAGGAUUUAUCAACAGGGCGCAUUACUAAACAAGCCGGUGCAUAAUGAAAAACUGACUAUAAGUUGGCAGCCUUCGGCUCUCCAGAGAGGAAGUGGUGUUAUCCUAGAAGGCAAGUUGGUAGAUAUCUCCAGACAUAGCAUCACAGAUGUGAACAACAAGAAGGCUCGAUAUUACAUUUUAUACAUCAUGCCUACCAGAAUUCACUGCAGGAAGUUUGAUGCUAAAGGGAAUGAGGUGGAACCCAACUUUAGCGAGGAGCGAAAAGUGAACACUGGGUACCUUAUGUCUUCAUAUAAAUUGGAGCCCAAAGGGGAGACAGAUCGAAUGUCUACAGAAGAUCUCCUGCAUGUUGUACACAAUUCCGAACUUCUGAAGAUUUCUGAGAAACACACCCCAAGCCAGACAGUGGCUUUCUGGUUACCAGAGGAAGAGAUGGAAAAAAUGGAGCUGGAAGCAGAGUCAGAGAUCCGUUUGAAAACCAAAGGAGACAGCCCUUUUAUAUUUUCACUUUCAAAGCUGGAUGCUGGAACAGUGACCAAGUGUAACUUUGCUGGUGAUGAAAAGGCUGGUGCAUCCUGGACAGAUAAGAUAAUGGCCAACAAGAUCCAAACUGAAGUGGAUAUCAAAAAGAGUGGCCAAGGCGAGGGAGCAGAUGAAGAUGAAUGGGCAGAAGACAUGCAGCAGCAAAUUAUCAGAGAAACGUUUCACUUGGUUUCUAAAAGAGAUGAUAACGUUUGUAACUUUCUGGAGGGUGGCAGUCUGAUAGGAGGCUCCGAUUACAAGCUGAUUUAUCGCCACUAUGCUACCCUGUACUUUGUGUUCUGUGUUGAUUCUUCAGAGAGCGAAUUGGGAAUACUAGAUCUGAUACAGGUGUUUGUUGAAACAUUGGAUAAAUGCUUUGAGAAUGUCUGUGAACUGGAUCUAAUAUUUCAUAUGGAUAAGGUACAUUAUAUCUUGCAAGAAGUGGUGAUGGGUGGGAUGGUGCUAGAAACAAAUAUGAAUGAGAUCGUAUCCCAGGUGGAUGCUCAGAGCAAACUGGAAAAGUCAGAAGCUGGUUUAUCUGCUGCUCCCGCCCGUGCUGUCUCUGCUGUGAAGAACAUGAAUUUGCCAGAAAUCCCUCGUAAUAUUAACAUUGGGGAUCUGAACAUCAAAGUUCCUAAUCUCUCACAAUUUGUAUGAAGAUCAUCAGGACCUUACAGAAUAAGAGAUAAUUGCAUUUGUUGUCUGGUUUCUUCUAAUUUUUACAUGUAAAUCUAAGAGGUAGAACAAGAUUAUUACAUCUGUCAGAAAAUUCUGCUUAAUGCCACAGUCUUGAGCCCAUUUAAUUUGUCUAUUUGAUUACAUUUGUUUAUAAUCAUGUUCUGUUAUUAUGCUUACAAAUGUAUUACAGAUAUCUGUUUUAAGUAAUGCUGACACCUGAACUUUUUAAUCAGCUAUUGUAUGCAGUAUUUAUCAGAAGGAAAUAACCUAAGUGCUUUGCUGAUAAUUAAAAAUGGAAAGUAUUGGUUCGCACUCAGUGGACUAUAUCCUUUAACGAGAUAAGAUAAGCUUUGGCCCAGAGUUUUACUGUAUUGAGAGGCAGUUCUUAAGGAAAGUGAAGUAUGUAUUUUUUUUUUAAGAUUCCAUUUUGAAGAUAACAUCCUUGUGCAUUCAGUAUGGACAAAACUUGAUGAACUAUAUUUGUUUCCUGGUUGCUAGAAAAGAUUAGGUAAACUGUAAUGACUUGUAGUGUGGUCUGACAUAACAAGACCGUAUUUAUUUUCAAAAGACUUACAGCACAAAUAGAAUGUUGCCACUUGUUCUGUGUCCCUGAAAUUUUGGAGAUUCUUUAUGAGCAGAUUCACAAUCCACUUCCUGAUCAGCUACAAGGUCUACAACUAACUCACUGAAGCAAGGGGCUGCUGCUAAAAGAAAGAGGAUGAGAAUGUAGAUUUUUCCAGAGUGCUGCAGGCAGUAUGGACUACACUGCAUUAUUUUCUGGUAGAUGUUUGGUUGAUCAGGGCUGCACUGAAAGUGGUGUGGCAGUUUGCUGCUGUGUAGCUGGUGAAAUAGACUGCAGUGUAAAAUGGCUUAUUAAAAAAUGAGAAUUGUUUAAAAUCA